AUGUGUAGUAAAUGAUGUGUUUAUAUUGGUGGGAGAGUUUGUUCGGUUUGAAUGAGUGAAAGAGAGGAAGAGUUUGAAGAAGUCAACCGUUUCUAUGCGUCUGAAGAAACUUUUUUUCCCGGUGAUUGGUUGACGUACGCAGAAACGUUAGAAGCACAGGAAGAGUUUGGAAUUGAUAUAGACGACGGAAGUUCACUGGAAGAGUAUGUUCCUCUCAGGUCUGCUGAACAAGCUACAGCAGGAUUGGACAGUAAUUGGGCAGGUUUGGAGUGGUUGGACCGUGAAGUUUGCGAGUUGCUAGAAGUGAAGGCUGAAGAAGCUGCUGUUGGGAGAGACGUUCAAGGAAUCCCUUGGUAUCAACUUCCAUAUUCAAGAGAGGAUUUUCGUCGUUUCAGGCUACAACAGAAUUUGUCGGAGAAGCUUACAAGGAAUGAAGUAUUCGAUGACCGCAGCAAAGCCACUUGUGACUUUUGCAACCCGUCUACUUCUUGUUUUUUUCGUUUCUUUCAUUUCACCCGUAGAGUCCGCUGUUCAGUUUCUCACUAUCAACUGAGACAUUUGGUAUGGGCGCCACAUCCACACCUAGUUUAUACACAACAUGAAAGAACUGUCGCUCGUUGGGAUGUUUUGAGAAGACAGAGGAAGAGUGUGUUGCACUACUCACAGCUUCAGGGAACUUUCAUUGAAAGUGGCGCCAUGAGUAUGUGUGUAGGACAGAAUAUCCUCGUUCUCGGAGGCCGUUGUGGAGAAUUAGCGUUGUUUGACUUGGCAAAUAGAAAGAUUCUAACGGAGUUCUAUUCUUCAGAAGAUGACAGUGCCAUCGUGAACGCACUUACUAUUGUAGAAGAUAGCAACAGUAUGUCUGGCAAACUUUAUUGUUGCAGUAAUGACUGCUUUGUUCGAUUUUAUAACCUUUCUCGUUUGGAAUUGGAGAGAAGGAUCCAGUUUCCGUUUGCAGUUAAUCAUGCCAGUCUUCAUCCCGAUGGCAGUUUGCUUGUUGUUGGUGGUGAUGAUACGCGAGUUCUUCUCUACGAUCUUAGAGCCGAUUGUGUAGCUCAGACGCUUUAUGGACACAGUGAUUAUACAUUUUCAACCUCAUGGCAUCCUGACGGUAUUUUCGUCGCCACUGGUAAUCAAGAUUUGACUUGCCGCAUUUGGGAUAGCCGAAUGUCGGAGAAGGGACCUGUUCAUACUCUUCCAGCAAGAAUGGAUGCUGUGCGUUCAGUUCAGUUUUCGCCAAAUGGAAGAUAUUUCGCGAUGGCUGAACAUACUGACUUUGUUCAUAUUUAUGACUUGAGUAAAAGAGUCUUUGAGGAACGUCAAGAAGUUGAUAUUUUUGGAGAUAUAUCCGGAAUGACAUUUACAAAGGUAAGCGCAUAUCGGUUAAAGGACAACUUGACCGAUUCCUGGCAGGACUGCGAAAGCAUGUUUAUCGGUAUUCGAGAUAAUGAAUAUGGAGGAAUCAUGGAGUUGGAAAGAGAGAAGUAUGAUAUUCUGAACGUACUGAAUAAACAAAUAGGGCGAUAAUGUGAAAUGUCUCUAAAUGGUAAU